CAAGCCAUGGCCUUCCUGUGGAUCCUCUCCUGCCUCGCCUUCGCUGGCACCGCCUACGGUUGCGGCACCCCCGCCAUCCCUCCCAUCAUCACCGGCUACUCUCGCAUCGUGAACGGCGAGGAGGCAGUGCCUCACUCCUGGCCCUGGCAGGUGUCCCUUCAGGAUUACACCGGCUUCCACUUCUGUGGCGGCUCUCUGGUCAAUGAGUACUGGGUGGUGACAGCUGCUCACUGCAACGUCAGGACGUCCCAUCGCGUGAUCCUUGGAGAAUAUGACCGUUCCUCCAACGCUGAAGACAUCCAGGUCAUGAAGAUUGGCAAGGUCUUCAAGAACCCCCGCUACAACAGCUACACCAUCAACAAUGACAUCCUGUUAAUUAAGCUGGCCAGCCCUGCCCAGAUGAAUACGCAUGUUUCCCCUGUGUGUGUGGCCGAGACUGGAGACAACUUCCCCGGAGGCAUGAAGUGUGUGACCACCGGCUGGGGCCUGACCCGCUACAAUGCUCCUGACACACCUGCCCUGCUUCAGCAGGCCGCCCUCCCCCUGCUGACCAAUGAGCAGUGCCGUCGUUACUGGGGCAACAGGAUCAGCAAUGUGAUGAUCUGCGCGGGAGCCUCUGGAGCCUCCUCCUGCAUGGGUGACUCUGGUGGUCCUCUGGUGUGCCAGAAGGCCGGCGCCUGGACACUAUUGGGCCUUGGCAAAGGAACGUGCUCUACUGAGAGCCAGUCUAGUUUGGAAAUGUGUACACAGCACUCUGGUCCUGGCUUGUUUGAAUUUAUGAGGAAACUCCAACACGGCAAAGCUCAUCAGGGGCGCAUCGUGAGCAUCGUGUUGCCAUGUCGCCUGUUAAAGCUGAGCUUGAGUAUGCCUCAUGUUUAA